ACUGGUGAUGAAGAAAUCAACAAAUUAACUUAUGAGUUUUUUAAAGAUUGUCGCUCCCGGAAUGCCGUAGUAAAUGGACCAUUGUUAAUGGCCAAGGCUUUGAAAUUUGCAACUCAUCUGGGAAAUGAUACAUUUUCAGCGUCGAAUGGAUGGUUAAGUGCCUUUCUUAAAAGAAAUAACAUUGUU